CACCUGGACAGGUUGCCAGUCCGUCGCAGGAAAUUAGGCGAAAAACAGCAAAUUUAAAAUAAAAAAUGAAGAUUCUGACAAAAACAAAACGUUGACUACCUUCAUCAAACACGUAAAAAUAAAUUGAAACAAACUUUUCAAAUGUUUUAGGAAGUUAAAUUAGGAAUCCUAAAUAUAAUGAGAUAUAACUCUAUAUAUAGAGUUAGACUGAGUAGAUCUGCACUUAUGGAUCAGACUGAUACAAAAUCUAGAAUAUUUUUCAAUAUUGGGAUCGAUACAGUUAUUGAUAUCGGAUCGAUGUCGCUCCCGCUAAAACAGACCCGAUACAGAUUCCUGAACCAGAACCACAAAAGAGAAUGACCCAUUCAACUAACUAACCGGGUCAGAACGGUUCUAAUGUAACGUUCUUCUGAUAAAUAAAUAAAAUGUCUCCAGAAACAAUUUUUAAGCUUCAUGAAGAGAAAAACUUUCUAAAACAAUUUCAACCGGCUUAAAAUCAGGUAAAAGUUUUUAUCUUCAAAGUUUUGCUAAAUUAAGUCCAAAUUAGAUAAUAAAGUCUAAAACCUGAACUUUCAAACCUGUACCACAUAAAACCAAGUUCAAAAUGGAUCAGAACCAGGAUGCAAAGCAACACAUGAAACAAGAACUAAACUACAGAACAGAAUAAAUCCAACAUGACGGCUUGGAUUUACUCCUGAGCAAAAUCAGCUUUAAACCUCAGAGACUAAAAUGGGUCCAAAACCGUUCAGAACCAAUAAACCGGUCCAGAACCAGUCCAGGAUUACCUGGGUCAAACUGGGUCAAAGGUUCUUCUGACAGGAAUCUAAACCGUCUCCUUCACUGAGUCAGGAAAGAAAACCUGGUCAGUCGACAGACCUGGACGGAGCGGCGGCUGUUCUCCUUUAAGGUUUCCAUGGCAACCCGUGGCAUUCAGCCUGAUAACACCAAGGCCACCUGAUGAAGGAAAACACACACACACACACACUCAGUCAUGGUCAAACAUCUGUCAUAACAACACGCAGGCGUGACCUCUGACCUCUCCAAGGUUCCUCCCUGUCUGGUUAAAGUCAGGGUUCUUCGUCGCCUCCUCAUUCUCCUCUUCCUCGCUGCAGCCAUGCUCUCCGCUCUGCUGUCCUCCGCCCCCCCACCCCUCUUCCUCUUCCUCCUCAUCAUCCUGGUUCUGCUGGUUCUGUUCUCCCGUCGGUUCGGUCGGGAAGCUAAACGUCAGAACCCACCUGGCCCGGUCCGGGGGCCCGUCCCCUGCCUGCCUCGCCUCCCGGUCCUGGGCAGCCUCCCCUGGCUGGGCGGAGGCCUUCCUCCUCACCUGCUCUUCACCCAGCUGACCUACAGGUAUGGGCCUCUGUUUGCGCUCUACCUCGGCCCUCACCACACCCUGGUGGUGAACAGCCAUCAACACGCCAGAGAGGUGCUGCUGCAGAGGGGCAAGGACUUCGCUGGACGUCCUGACAUGGUCACCACCAACCUGCUGACCCGGGGAGGAAAAGACAUCGCCUUCUCAGACUACUCUCCUCUGUGGAGGUUUCACCGCCGCCUCGUCCACAACUCCUUCACCCUGUUCGGAGAGGGAACCGGCCGGCUGCAGGACAUCGUUUUGUCUGCGGUGGACGGUCUCUGCGUGGAGCUGCUGUCUCACGGGUCGCGGGGCUUCGACCCGUCUGCCGCCAUCACCAGGGCCGUCACCAACGUGGUCUGCACCCUGGUGUUCAGCAGCUCCUACGGCCCCGGAGACCCAGAGCUGCAGGAGGUGAUCGGCUACAACAACGGCAUCGUGGAGACGAUCGCCAGCGGCGGGCUGGUGGACAUCUACCCCUGGAUGAAGGUGUUUCCUAACAGGUCUCUCAGUAAACUGAAGGAGUGCAUCACCGUCAGGGACCGACUGCUGACCCGGAAACUGGAGGAGCACAAGGAGGCACUGGGUGACGGUGACCCCCGUGACCUCCUGGAGGCCUUGCUGAAGGGUCAGACGGGCAGUGGGCGGGGUCAGAGGUCACAUGGGUCAACAGAAGAGGGGAUAACAGACGACCACGUCCUGAUGACAGCGGCGGAGGCGUUUGGAGCAGGUGUGGAGACGACGUCCACGACUCUGCUGUGGAUCCUGGCCUACCUGCUGCACCACCCAGAGGUCCAGGAGCGCGUGCAGAGGGAGCUGGAUGACAACGUGGGCGCUGAUCGUGCGGUGAGUGUGUCGGACCGCGGCCGGCUGCCCUACCUGGACUGCGUCAUCAACGAGGGCAUGAGGAUCCGACCGGUCAGCCCGGUUCUGAUCCCGCACACUGCCAUGACCGACAGCAGCAUCGGCGGCCACGCCGUGCGCCGCGGGACUCGGGUUUUGGUCAACAUGUGGUCGAUUCACCACGACCCCCGGUUCUGGGACAAACCGGACCUGUUCAACCCAGGUCGUUUCCUUGACGACAAAGGUCAGCGCGCCACACCCACCUGCUUCCUGCCGUUUGGGGCGGGACCUCGGGUCUGCGUCGGCGAAUCGCUGGCCAGGCUGGAGCUUUUCCUCUUCCUGUCCUCUCUGCUCCAGCGAAUGAGCUUCAGACUGCCAGACGGGGUUUCCCCGCCCAACUUGCAGGGGCGUCUGGGUGUGGUCUUACAGCCGCUGCCUUAUAAGGCGGUGGUUAGUCCACGCCCAGGCUGGGAGGGCGGGGCUAAAUGAAAAGGGGCGGAGCUUACAGCCAAUAAAACUACUUUCUAGUUACCCUUUACUGAAUAUAUGAAAAAGCAAAAUUACAACUUUUUCUCAUUGAUUUACUGACACUGUUGUUUAGUCAGAAUGAUCAGAUUUCUUUUUGAUAAAAAAUAACUUUGUAACAGAUGGUUGCUUAAAAUAUAUAUAUAUAUAUAUAUAUUUUGCUUUGUAAAAUAUUUCUUAGCAAGACUAAAUUACUAAAACUCGGCUACCUUGUUGUCGUUUAGCAUCACGUCUUUCAUCAGAGAUUCUAACAUCCCUGGAAAACAUUCCCGUAUUUAAAUCUUAAAAUUUGGUCGUGUUGAAUUUUAAAAAAGUGAAUUAUUCUUUAUUUUUCAAAAUUAAAAUCCAUAA